UGCUGGUUUCACUCUGUUCAUUUGUUCUGUUGUCUCUGGUCAUGAGUGUUCGUGAAACAGGCUCACUAUUGGCUGAUUCAGAGAUUAAGGGCGGCCAUUUUGAGUUGACAUCAUUGUAGUCCUUAGUUCACAACACUUAAGUCAGCACUGUUAAUGGCUCCUCCUCUUCCUCUGGUGUUUCUGCUCAUGAUUCACGUGUGUGUUUCAGGGGUUUCUAGUGCUGAUUGGGGUGUGAGUUACAGUCCUUCACACAUCUGUGCACUAAAGAACUCAUCAGUGAUAAUGAGAUGCACUUAUACAUACCCUACUGGAUAUAAGAUCAAGAAAGUGUUCUGGACCAAAACACUGGUAAAACAUAAUGGAGAGCAUCCAGAUCUGUCUGAGGACCCUGAAUACAGUCAGAGGCUUCAGUAUCUGGGAGAUAAACAGAAGAACUGCACCAUUAGACUGAGUCAUGUGACACUGAAGGAUUCACACAAGUACUAUUUCAAAUUCAACACUGAUAAAGACAAAUGGACUGGUUAUCCAGGAGUGACUCUUACUGUCACAGAUCUUCAGGUGGAGUCUCCUGAGAGAGUGACAGAGGGAGAUUCAGUCCGUCUGACAUGUAAAAGCAGCUGCACUCUGACUGACAGAGCAACAUUCAUCUGGUACAGAAACUCACAGCCAUUAACUGAGAGAAGAGACAGAAACAAUGAACUCCUGCUGCAGUCAGUCAGAAGAGAGGAUGCAGGCAGAUAUAGCUGUGCUGUACACGGACACAAUCACAUCUCUCCUGCUGUUCAGCUCAAUGUCAUGUACCCUCCCAGGAGCGUCUCAGUGUCCAUCAGUCCAUCUGGUGAAAUAGUGUCAGGAGAUUCAGUGACUCUGAUCUGCAGCAGUGAUUCAAACCCUCCUGCUGUUACAGUAGCUGGUAUACUAAUCACACGACGAGGAGAUAGAGUCACAAUAAGUCUUUACUAGGAGAUAAACAGGAAUCCACAGGAGCAUACACCAACAUAGUACGAACAAUACCGGACAACACAAGACUAGAAACACAGGGUAUAUAUACACGGGAUAACAAGGAGGGUGAUUGGGAACAGCUGGGUGUGAUGAUGGUGGUGAUCAGUUGCCAUGGUGACUAACCGGUGGUGGGAAAUGGAACAACAACAAGUCCAAAACGGAGUGCACAUGUGACAUAUCGCCCCCUCCCGGAAAGGCGCGUCCUCGCGCCGUGGAGAGGGGAAGACGAAGAUGAGAAGGUUCCGAUGGUGUAGGAGGCGGUUCAGGAGGUGGACGGUUACCUGGGAGGAGGCGAGGUGCAGGAGUCCAGGGAGGUGCAGGUGAUGGAGACCAGAGGGGAGCCUUGAACGGAGGAAGUAGCAACACCAUCCAAUACACAGCCAAGACUGCGUCCCAUGGCGGCGUCACUGGCGGGAGGAGCCAUGGUGGUGUAGUCCUAUACGCCACCAUGGGGACGAUCGGCAGUGGCGAUGUCAUCAGCGUAGGAGCCCACCAUGCAGCCAGAAUGCUGAAGACUUGAAGCGACCACAAAGACCUUGGCGACCGCGACGGAGCUGAAGCGACGACCCCCCGAGGAGGAAGCGGGUAUCCAGAGGGCAGAGGUGGAGCUGGAGUGACCGAGGGCGGAGGUGGAGCCUGAGGGAGGGCUGAGCUUGCCGUCGCAGAAGGGGUGGAGGGCCAGAGAGCAGCGACUGGCCCGCAAGUCCGCUGCAGAGGCGUGGCGAUGUCCGACCCAGGUGGAGCCGACGUGCCGAGGGAACCCAGCGAGACCGAAUGGCCGAUGGUACUUGCUGACGACGAGGGAGGAAGGAGCGUAGGUGUAGGAGCCAGGUCGACGGGGAGUGAAGAGCUCUGAGGCUGGAGGCGGAAUCCCAGACUCCUCACGCCCAGGAGGAGGUGGCUCCCAGCAGUCCCGAGGUGGAACCCUACCACUGAGAGGAGAUGGUGAAACUGAGGGGCUGAUGGGAGACUGUGACGACUGGAUAGCAGGCGUGGCUGGUGACAGAGGAGGAGUUUGAAGCAUGCUAAACAGUUCUUCAGA